AUGAAAGUAUACCGGGAAUGGGUUUGUUCGAUGAUAAUCCCAUUUCACAUCAACGGUGGUCUCAUAAAGCCGUGUCGAUCAUUCUGUGAGCGCGUUGAACAACGAUGUCCUCAUCUCCAUCCAUACGGGAGGGGCCAAUACGCCGGAGAACCCGUCUUUUUAUGCAUAGAUCCAAACAUACCGUUCAACCCAUCGAUAACACCGAUCACACCAUACGGUGACCCGGAUUUAUGUUACGACUCGUGCCAUUUACUCAAUAGUGAACAUAAUUCCCACUCAAACCCUAACUAUAUGUCUAACUCUGAUAGUGAGGACAAUAAGUUCAAAGAGGAACGACUGGAUUGCAAAAGCAAUAGUGAACUCCUCCAUAAGGCAACGAAUACGAGCACAACUGCGGCCACAACUGUCACCUAAUCCAGUGAUCCGGUGAUCCAAUGAUCAGUGAUCAGUGAUCCAGUGCUGCCAAUCACUGAAUGCCAAUAAAUGGACUCAAAAUACGUUUUUUAACAAAUAAUAAUUUUUUGCACAAAAAGAAAUUAAAGAACUUAUUAUCCAUACAAACAGUUUAGUUGUGUUGAAGACAAUACAAAUAUGACAUCAAAUCCACGCAUCAAUUAUUUGAGCAAAAAUAUCGUUUCAGUUCAGUUUAAGC